AAAAGGCUUCCCGAGGAAACUCAGAAACUCACCCACACAAGAAGGAAUCUAGCAGAGAAGGUAAUUUCUGCUUGCACAUAUGGGAUGGUCUGGAGGGAUUGGGGAUUUCGAUUGAGCGACAUCACAAAGCUCCGUCUGAGCAAUGUUACUUUCGUGCACUUGUGUUAGCAUUUCUCCACUGACAAGGAGGACAAUCAAAUAUAUCACAUGCUCUCCAUCGUGCUUCUAGAGCGGGCGGGCGUCGAUUACGCAAGUUAAUUGCAAUGUCUCUGUCCCCUGCGUGUUCGGCCACUUCCACGUCGAGGUUAAGCGAAUACGUGUACGAACUUUACAACCCGGGAGUUGAAUCAGUGCUGGACGUCGUAUUCUUUCAUGGCCUACAAUUGUCACACACCUCUGAACCUCACUUAUCAACAUGGAUAUCAAGCGGUUCUGACAAGGAAGUAUGGCCGCAGACUUGGCUCCCGAAAGAGUUUCCGGAAGCUCGGAUUCUCUCUGUCAAGUACGAUGCUUCUAUCAGGAGAUCAGAAAAUUGUGGAAUAUUAGACCUCUACCUCACAGCCGAAAGUUUGAUGAAAGAUCUUAUAUUUGCGAAGGUGGGGCAGCAUGCCUGGCGUCCAGUUAUACUCGUCGGUCACAGUUACGGAGGCCUUGUGAUCAAACAAUUGUGCCUCCACGUUUCUACACGCCGCGUACUGUCCUCUGACAAACAAAUGGCUGGCUUUCUCAACUCCGUCACAGGAAUUUUCUUCUAUGGAACGCCUCAUCUUGGAAUUUCAUCAUUCUUCACUCCAGAUGGAACAAAAUUAAAAGAUGCUAGCCCUCUACUCGACUAUGUCAAGCUGCUUUGCGCAGAAUCAGCUCGCCUUCAUCAAAACUUUGAUGAUUUACGUCGGUCCUACGAGUGGAGCAUCGCUGGAGUCGGAGAAUCGAGACCUACUACGUUCAUGCUAGAUGCGGAGUCUCAGAAUGCUGUUGCAGUUUGCAGUGAGGUGAUUGUAGUUGAGGCUUCAGCUCGGUACGGUGACUUCACUGUGGAGCAUGAGGAUCAUAUCUCUCUCUGCCAGCCCGAGAGCAGGAAAUCAAAUUCUUACAUACGGUUGACAUCGUUCCUGCAAAGUACUUACAACAAUGAGGUGGACAGGAGGACACUUCGUUUGGAGGUGCCGAAGAUGGCAAUGAGCCUACAUUCUCACUUUUUCGUAGAGGUUCAAAAAAUUUUACGCAAAGCUCCGAUAAUAGCUCUUCAUGGCAUGGGAGGAAUAGGGAAGACAACUUUAGCGAAACUGUUGUUCAAUAAGUUGUGUGCUAAAUUCGAAUAUACUUGUUUCCUUACGAAAAGUAUGUUCAAGGGAGAUACCAAGGAGGAGAGAGAUAGAAUAGUGUCUUCGUCGUUGUAUCACUAUGGCAAACAGGUUCUACAAAGAGGAGGAACGUGGGAAAAAACCUUGAUGCAGAAAAAACUUCUCUUUGUUCUGGAUGACUUUGACAAUGAUAUGCAUGUUGAACUUCUACAGGACGUGGUUAACGUGAACAGUUGUGCAAACAGUCGUUACAUUGUUACCUCUCGAGAUAAACACAUUUUGAACCAGUUGGAGUUCGCUGAGUGUGAGUGUGAGUGUUACGUGUUUGAUGUGAAACACUUGAAUCAAGAGAGCUCCACAGAGUUAUUUAUGAGCCACGCAUUUCCGAAAUCGACCGAACCGAGUCCAUCACUCAAGGAUUGUAUAGUCAAGAUCGUCGCGAAGUGUGAUGGACUACCAUUGACUCUGGAGGUGAUGGGCAAGUAUCUGAAGGGGAAAGAUAAUAAAAGUGAAAGCUAUUGGAAGGAGUGUUUUCACGCUCUGGAUGAAGCAGACAACGCACUGCGUUUGGACGACCGGUUGUGGAAGAAAUUGAAAGUGAGCUACGACCGUUUGAGCAGUGAGGAGCAGGAAAUGUUCCUUGAUGCUGCGUCAUUCUUUAGCAAUUCCAGAUGGACCCUGCAAGAAGCUAAGGCUAGCUGGCGUGUGCUCUAUGGCUCCCAAGAUCUCCGAUGGGAUAAUCUGGUAAAUUUGUCUCUCGUCUACGAAGUAAAGGAACAAGACAGUAUACAAAUGCAUGAGCAAUUGAAGUCUUUAGGAAUAAGACUGGCUUCAGGAUGGGAAACGGGUGGCAGAUGUAGGACUUGGACUCACAAAAAUGUCCCAUCGAAGUUUAAUCCUUCAAACUACGAUGAGAGGAUCGAAGACACACUGUUCUAUUCAAGUGAUUCAAGACCUCAUUGUAAUGCAACACACAUUGAGGAGGUCAUAGCGUUACGACUUGAAGACUCGAUGCCCCUCGACUCGAGAAAUAUUGGCCAGAUGAAGAAGCUGCGAUAUUUGGAUUCCGAGAAGGAGUUGAUGCUGGAUGAAAUAGGUGGCAAGCUUCCAAAGAACGUGGCCCUUCUUCGAUUCCAUGGAGAAGUGAACAAUCUUCAUGACAUGGUCGACAAAUGGUUCGCGGGACGUUUGGCUGUUCUGGACUUGAAUGCACCGCUCACAUGUUGGCCAACAACCGUCAGCAAGUUCCAAAACCUUGAAGUUCUGAAAUUCGCAGCCUGCUUCUUCGAAGGUCUUCCCGAAACAUUCGCACAACUUCCCAUGCUUCGCUAUCUUACAUUUACCAGUUGCCCGAGACUUCGUUCACUCCCCGAAGCUUUCGGACAGCUCUCACAGCUGGGGUCUUUGGAAAUUGAUGAGUGUUGUAAUUUGGAAGCAUUGCCCAACUCGUUCGGCCAGCUCCCUUGCCUGCAGACUUUCAACAUCGCGAUGACGUCCAAUCUUCAAAGGUUGCCGGACGGGUUCGGAAAUCUGUCCAAGCUACAAAGCCUGGUAAUAGAUGGGGGGAGAGAAAUCUCAGAACUACCUGAGAGCUUCGGCCGUCUCUCUCGACUACAAGCCCUGGAGCUUCAUGGUAUGACUAGCCUCAAAGCCUUGCCGGAGGGGUUCGGAAAUCUGUCCGAGCUACAAAGCCUGGAAAUAGAUGAGGUGAGAGAAAUCUCAGAACUGCCUGAGAGCUUCGGCCGUCUCGCUCGCCUGCGAAUCCUAAAGCUUUGGGGUAUGACUAGCCUCAAAGCCUUGCCGGACUCGUUCGGAAAUCUGUCGGAGCUUCAACGCCUGCUACAAAGCCUGGAAAUAGAUAAGGUGAGAGAAAUCUCAGAACUGCCUGAGAGCUUCGGCCGUCUCGCUCGCCUGCGAAUCCUCAAGCUUUGGGGUAUGACUAGCCUCAAAGCCUUGCCGGACGGCCUUGCCGGACUCGUUCGGAAAUCUGUCGGAGCUACAAAGCCUGGAAAUAGAUGAGGUGAGAGAAAUCUCAGAACUGCCUGAGAGCUUCGGCCGUCUCGCUCGCCUGCGAAUCCUCAAGCUUUGGGGUAUGACUAGCCUCAAAGCCUUGCCGGACUCGUUCGGAAAUCUGUCGGAGCUACAAAGCCUGGAAAUAGAUAAGGUGAGAGAAAUCUCAGAACUGCCUGAGAGCUUCGGCCGUCUCGCUCGACUGCGAGACCUGGAGCUUCGUGGUAUGACUAGCCUCAAAGCCUUGCCGGACUCGUUCGGAAAUCUGUCGGAGCUUCAACGCCUGGUAAUAACGGGGGGGGAGGAAAUCUCAGAACUGCCUGAGAGCUUCGGCCGUCUCGCUCAAUUGCGAGACCUGAAGCUUCUUGGUAUGACUAGCCUCAAAGCCUUGCCGGACUCGUUCGGAAAUCUGUCGGAGCUACAAAGCCUGGAAAUAGAUGAGGUGAGAGAAAUCUCAGAACUGCCUGAGAGCUUCGGCCGUCUCGCUCGCCUGCGAAUCCUCAAGCUUUGGGGUAUGACUAGCCUCAAAGCCUUGCCGGACGGGUUCGGAAAUCUUUCCGAGCUACAACGCCUGAGAAUACAGGGGGGGGAGGAAAUCUCAGAACUGCCUGAGAGCUUCGGCCGUCUCGCUCGACUGCAAUACCUGGAGCUUCGUGAUAUGACUAGCCUCAAAGCCUUGCCGGACUCGUUCGGAAAUCUGUCGGAGCUACAAAGCCUGGAAAUAGAUAACGUGAGAGAAAUCUCAGAACUGCCUGAGAGCUUCGGCCGUCUCGCUCAAUUGCGAGACCUGAAGCUUCUUGGUAUGACUAGCCUCAAAGCCUUGCCGGACUCGUUCGGAAAUCU